AUGUUUCCAACAAAGAACCGAGGUGCUAAUUGGAUUUCGACUUCUGGAAUGAGCGAAUUACUUCUCUCUGUUAUGUUUGGUAAUAAUGAAGUUGAGGACAUGGCACGACAAGAAAUUGUCAAAACAGGAGUAAUUGGAUACUUUAAAGUGGCUCCGCUCAUCGUCGAUUCAUUUUCAGCCUUCAUUGUUAAUGCAUAUAAUAAGCCGGUGCUUGGUGUAGAGACAUAUCGUAGAACACAUCCCAAUGAAAAAAUAAUGACAAUUAGAUUUCAGUGUUCAUCGGAACUCAUCGCUAAAGAAGUCAUGUCGCAUGUCAUGAAUGGUCACUACGAUGUAGAAUUUGCAUUCUACUUUGCUGGUCUCAACCAAGUCUCAACAAGUAUGGUGUCAAUUACCGGCGAUUCAUUAAAAAGUGUUUUCUCGAAAACAAAAGCUGACGGAGGAAAUACUAAAGCAACUUAUAUUCAUAGAACUCAGGCGAAUAAAUUUGUUUCUAGCUAUUUGAUCAACACUAAAAAGAUGAUUUUUAAAGAAGAUCCAAAUUCGGAUACAUCCAGUUUAACUUCUGGAUUAGAAGAUCAAUUCAAGUUUCUAAUGCAGCAAGGCAUGGAUAACUCAAAACAAGAGAAAUUGAAUGUCAAUGCGUAUGCCCAAGUUUGGUCUUCUAAUGACUUAAAUCCUGAUCGUCUUACUACGGUACUCAAUAAAAUCUUCACUUAUAAUCAGGCUGAAACUAAUUAUCGUAAUACAACUGAUAAAUACUAUGACUGUAAUGAAGAAUUCGCCAACUCGUUGGCGAUGUCAGGAGCAUAUAAAAACUCAGCUAGCAUUCAUGAAAUUGCAUCAGGAAGUUUGGAGAUAUCUGCAUCACUUAAUAAGACUGAAUCAGGUGCUACACGAAAAACAACGCAAGAUGUUAUCUCUUUGACAGAUAUUAAAAAAUAUCUUGAUCAGAAGUCAAUACAAACUGAAUGGCAAGGGGAAAAGAUUAUACCGAAAUCAUUUCAAGUUUAUAAACUGACAGAUAUCAUUGACCAUCUACAAGUUGCUCUAACAGCAAUACAACUGACAGCUGAGAAAACGAAUCAUGCCAUGAUACGAAGAAUGAGCACAUUAAACCUGCCCCUGACAUUCGGUGGAUUAACACAACAAAGUGUCAUUCAAUCAUCUACAUGUAUGACAGGUGAAAUUAGAUUGUAUUCAGCUGCCAGUCAUCCCCCCUAUCCUUGGCUUUUCUGUAAUGGAACUGAAAUUUCACGUAUUCAAUAUGAACGACUCUUCUCUGUUAUUGGUGAAUCAUUCGGAACUGGAGAUAAAAACACAACGUUCAACCUGCCAGACUUUCGUGGCCGUUUCCCACUAGGUCACAAUCAAAUCGGCACUUAUAUAACCAGCUGGAAAAGUGGAGGAAAUAAAAACCAUACCCUCACAAUUGAUCAAAUACCUAUUCAUCACCAUAGUGCUGGUACCUUACAAACUACCUAUCAAGGCACACAUACACAUAUGGUCUAUGAUCCAGGUCAUAAUCAUGGUGGAAAAACUGGAACACACGAACUCACCCGCCGCGGCCGCGACCCCUUCAACGUCCGCGACACCUACGACUUCAUCGGCACCAACUUCGACGACAAAUAUAAUCAUCAGCAUGAUAUUCCGACGGGAAAAACUGGAAUAAUCAUCAACGAUAAUGGCAGUCAUUCUCAUUUAAUUCAUGGCUCCACCACCUCGGCUGGUGGUGGAAACUCAUUCAGUAUUAUGCCACCUUAUCAGACAAUUGCUUAUAUUAUUUUCGCUGGAGCGAAUUGUGCUUGA